UUUUUAAGGGCUUCGGAAUUGGAGUGGAUAGUUUCCGAAGAAGAUGCACCCCAAGCACUUUUACCUCUACCAAAAACAUGGCUCGAUGAUUCACAAGAUGUUAGUACAAUUUCGUUACGGGGUACUCAAGACUGGGCGCCCCCCAGACCACAAAUUAUUUUUACUUUACAUCCAGCACCAAUUCGAAAACAAUUAAUGGCGAAACAAGAUUAUAGAUGUGCUGGAUGUGGAAUGCGAGUGGCCCCACAAUACGCAUCAAAAUUCCGUUAUUGCCACUAUCUAGGUAGAUAUUUCUGUACUGGAUGUCACACAAAUCAAGUAUCUAUCAUACCAGCAAGAAUAAUACAAAAAUGGGAUUUUGCACGAUACCCAGUUUCGAACUUUUCUUAUAGAUUAAUCGAACAAAUGUACGUCGAUCCUUUAUUUAGAGUGUUUGAAUACAACAAAAACAUCGCAAAAAGGAGCGCGAAUCUCGCUACGUGUAGAACUUACAGGAUAGGAUUGCAUUAUAUGAGAGAUUUCAUUCUUAAUUGUCGUUUCGCGGAGACAAUUCAAGAUUAUUUAAAUUGUGAACGAACGUUUUUAUUUAACGACCCCGAAUUAUUUUCGUUGGAAGAUUUAUUAAGUGUUAGAAGUGGUGAAAUGAAGAGUCAUUUGAGGUGUGUUAUUGAGAUGUGUUGGAGGCAUAUUUUAGAAUGUCAGGUAAAUAUGAUUAAGGUGGAAAUUUUAAUAUACAGUAAAAUCUCGAUAAACCUCAACCAAACAUCGCCGAGAUUCACUAGAUGUGAUAUAUCAAUACGAAAUCGUUAGUUUUGAAAGAUUUUACCGUUUAGUUCACUUUCCAAGACAUUAAAUGGACGAUAUCAUUUAACAUCGCCGAGGUCGCUUGCGGGCGAGGCGCUACAUUUGAUAUAUCAACACGAAAACGUCAGUUUUGAAAAAUUCUAGCUCCUCGCCCACAAGCUACCUUGGCGAAAUGGUUGCUUAUGCAAGUAUUGUACGUUUAGUUCACUUUGCAAGACAUUAAAUGAACGAUAUCAUUUAACAUCGCCGAGGUCGCUUGCGGGCGAGGCGCUACAUUUGAUAUAUCAAUA